AUGAAGGUGAAUGAGGUUCCACCAGAAUCGGUGAGACUGCUUCUUUUUGGAUUCUCUUUGAAAGACAGGGCCAAGCAGUGGCUAAAUUCUCUACCAGCAAAUAGCAUAUCGUCUUGGGAGCAAUGUGAGCAGAAAUUCUUAGACAAGUUCUACCCCCCAAGCAAGACCGCCCACAUGAGGAACCUGAUUGACAAUUUCAAGCAGAUAGAUUCAGAAUCCCUAUUUGAAGCCUGGGACCGGUUCAAGAGCAUGCAGAGACAAUGCCCCCAUCAUGGCCUUGAGAAGUGGUUGAUCCUACACAUCUUCUAUAAUGGAAUAAAUUAUCACACAAAGAUAUCAUUGGAUUCUGCGGCAGGAGGAGCACUGAUGAACAAGAGCCUUGAUGAAGCUGAAGAGAUAAUAGAAAAUGUGGCACUAAACCACCAUCAGUGGGCAUCUAAAAGAUCUAGCGGUGCUUGCUCGGGAAAUCAAAUGAAGGCGUUAGGAAAAUUUGAGGUGGAUGCAUUCUCACUCAUGUCUGCGAAGCUGGACGCCCUGACUAAGAAAUUCGAAGCCAUGGGUAGCAACACAGCUAAUGCAAUAGUAUGUGCUUGCGACAUCUGCGAAAGUGCGGACCACGCUCAGGAUACUUGCCCCCUUGGGCCAAUGCAGGCACAUUUAAACCAGCUUGAGCAAUGCGAUGCAAUAACGACCUACAAUCAGAGGCAAAACAAUUCGUACUCCAACACAUACAACCGUGGAUGGAGGAACCACCCCAACUUUUCAUAUAGAAAUAAUCAGGACCAGGGGCCGGCACAUCAGACCUACCAACAUGGACAACAGGCUCAUCAACAGCAGCAACCUACACAGCUGUCUAGGAUUGAAAAGAUGCUUGAGGAAACUCUCUCGGAGCAAAAGGAGAUGAGGAGCGAGAUCAAGCAACUGACUCAGAGGCUGGAGAACUCGGAAAAACACCAGAAGAUGCAAGAUAGCCAGAUAGCUUAG